GAAGUCUAAUUUUUAUAAAGUCAGUCGUGUAUACAAAAUCUAUCAUAUUUAUUUAUAGGCUUAUCCGAUUUAUGUUCGAUCUUGUCCACAUCACUGUUGGGAUAAUACUUUUGCUAGAACGAGUGAAUAUUUAGACAUUUCUGAUACAUAAAAACCGAAAAACACGAUGUGACGAGAGCUGUCGCUUCAAUAUCAGAACCAGUCUGAACUUUUGUGGAUUGCGUGCAGACGAAGACUUUCCACAAAACUGUUUAUUGUAUGAUCAGUUUGUGGACGAAUUGACUCAGUUUGGUGGCAUUUUAUCAAUUCCAUGUGGUAACAUUAACAUCAAGAAUAUGCGGCGAGACGUAAGGAUACUAUUAGUAGGAGAACCUGGGGUUGGGAAGACAUCCCUUAUAUUAUCCCUUGUGAGUGAAGAAUUCCCAGAAGAGGUACCUGCUAAGGCUGAGGAAAUAACCAUCCCAGCUGAUGUAACACCUGAAAAAGUACCAACACACAUAGUAGAUUAUUCAGCUCAGGAACAAGAUGAGGAAGCCUUAGAAGAAGAAAUUCAACGAUGCCAUGUUGUGUGUGUGGUAUACUCUGUUGAUGAACAUGAUAGUAUAACACAGAUUACUGACAAGUGGUUGCCAUUGAUUAAUAAAACACUGGGUCCUGACCACCAGAUACCAGUCAUCUUAGUCGGUAAUAAAUGUGACAUAAUGGAUGCCACUAGUAUGGAAAGUAUAAUACCAAUAAUGAAUGAAUUUGCUGAAGUUGAAACUUGUGUGGAGUGUUCAGCCAAAACAUUGAAGAAUAUAUCAGAACUAUUCUAUUACGCGCAAAAGGCUGUACUCCAUCCUACGGGGCCACUUUAUUCUGCUGAAGACAAGGAGCUGAAACCAGGGUGCACAAAAGCAUUAUCCCGAAUAUUUGCAAUAUGUGAUUUAGAUAAUGAUGGUGUGCUUAAUGACCAAGAACUCAAUCUCUUCCAGAAGCGGUGUUUCAAUGUACCGCUGCAACAGCAAGCACUGGAAGACGUGAAAGCUGUUGUCAAGAAGAAUAUAAGUGAAGGUGUAUCUGCCGAUGGACUUACACAAGUUGGGUUUUUAUUUCUGCACACGUUAUUUAUCCAAAGAGGUCGGCAUGAGACAACAUGGACUGUUUUAAGGAAGUUUGGAUAUGAUGAUAAUUUAGAGCUAACAUGUGAUUAUCUUUAUCCAAAAUUACAUAUAGGUCUUGGUUGUUCCACAGAAUUAAGUCAUCUAGGAUAUCAGUUUCUAACAAUCCUAUUUGAAAAGUAUGACAAGGACAAAGACAAUGCUUUAUCCCCAACUGAAUUAGAAAAUCUGUUUUCCACCUGUCCUUUGAAUCCAUGGGGUCCUGAUGUCAAUAUGACUGUAGCAACCAACGAGAAAAAUUGGAUUUCUCUUCAAGGAUACUUAGCACAAUGGACAUUGACAACAUUAUUAGAUUUACCUCGUACAUUGGAGAAUUUAGCAUAUCUUGGCUAUCGUUACGUCAUGGCAGAGCAUGAGACACAACUCUCAGCAAUUCAUGUCACCAGGGACAAAACAGUUGACAGAGACAAACGACAAACCUCCAGAAAUGUGUUUUUUUGCAACGUAAUUGGUCCACGGGGUGUUGGCAAGUCAGCAUUUUUGCAAGGAUUACUCGGAAGAGACAUGGAAGCACAGCGAGAUCUCUCAAGAGAAUGCCAUUCUAAGUUUGCUGUUAACACGAUACAAGUUUACGGGCAGGAUAAAUAUCUUUUGCUACAUGAGAUUGAUGUAGGUAUUUCUGAUAGACUAUCAGAAGAUGAUCUACAGUGUGAUGUGGCUUGUCUUAUUUAUGAUAUCAGUGACCCCAGGACAUUUGAAUAUUGUGCUAGGAUGUACAAGCGUCAUUUUGUGAGGAGCACUGUGCCUUGUCUCCUAGUGGCUUCUAAAAGUGAUCUUCAUCCAGUGAGACAGGAUCAUGAAGUCCAACCAGCUCAGUUCUGCAUAGACAACAAAUUGCCUCCACCACAAACGCUAAGUGUUGUAGGAAGGGCAAACAGAGACAUAUAUACAAAACUAGCCACUCUAGCUGCAUACCCUAUCGUGAAAGGUGUACAUAUACUUCACCCAGCAGCUGUUUGGAUCAAAGCUAAACUGAGAGAUUCCUUCCCACACAGACAUUUGUGUGGAAUGCAGACUCGAAAAAAGAACAUCUGGAUCACCGUAAGCGUGUGUGCUGCUGCCGCUGCUGUCCUUGGUAUCAUUUUCUACAAAGUUGUCAGAACACCCAUUAGAUAACAGUAUCAUCAGAUUUCAUUGUACUGUGAAUAUCCUCAGCUAUCAGUGUUGAUUUGUUUGUUGUUGCAGCUAUUGUAGUGAGCCAUAAUUAUACCAUACCAUACAUCAGCAAUAACAGAUUGGUUUAGUUUUAAUUCAUCAUUGGCUGAUCAUGGUCAAUUUGAUCCCAAUGAACCAAUAAGAAUAGUUCUAAUACAUGACAUGUAACAUACUGUCCAAUCCCAGGACUUGUUGCUUAUAUUUUAUAGUUUAUCUGUCUAUAAACCAAAUUGUUAUAUAUCGGAUGAUACAACCUUUCGUACCUGAAAUCACACUGUAUAGUCUUGUAAACCAUAUUCUUACAAGAAGACAUAGAAUGUGAUCAGUUAAAGGAAGGGGAGUUAUUUUUUUUUUCUCGAUUUGACAAGGAAUGCUCAGCUGUGACUUUGGAAAACAGAGAAAAAUAAAUUCUAAAUGGUUUCAUCUAAGCUGCUAGAAAUUUGAAAAAAAUCCCAAGACCCACAGUGAAAAAAAUGUGCACUGCUGCAACAUUAUGUGAUUUUUCAUGAUUUGUGAAAGUCACCAAAAAUUGUUGUUUCUCAGAAUUACCCUUCCAUGUUUUAGCCAAAUAUACAUCUUUAAGAGCCCACUAUGUCAAUAUAAACAAUUGCCUUUUUAUAUAAUGAUUGAUUUUGUCUUUAGGGUGUAGUCAGAAAUGCGUUUUGUGCAACUGAUGUUUGCUUGUUUUUGUCGGUCUCAAAUUAGCAGAGAAAUCUUAGAUAUAUGACCCAAACUGAUAUUGUAUUGUAAAUAAAUGAUGACUCCACAAGACAAAACCCUAAUAAUAAUUUCAUAUUAAAUAUGCAUAUGUGUUACUGAAACAUUAAAUGGGCUGGUUUUAUUUGUGCAUCUCUGGUUUUCAAUCUAAUAAUUUACUAUUUGGCAUUGAAGCCUUUGUUAAACCGAACACAUACAGUCUCCCACAAAUAAUUUUUACUAUGCAUUUUUUUAAACCAUACUGUAAAUGUAUUAUUUUCUGGACUUCAACACAUUAUUGUGACAUUACCAAUUUACUGUGGCCGAAAUAAAUUAUAUAACUUUAUAUGGGUAUGCUACAAGUAUAGGCAGAAAUAUUAUAGCUUCUGUGUGACAACUUUUUCACCUGCUAUAUAUUGUGUUAGAAGUGCAUGGGUCAGUAUGAAUCUCUGUUGGGGAUUUGCUUCUAACAAUGCAAAUACCAUAUUGACUAUUAUUUGUAUCCCUCUCUUCCCUAUGAUGGACAUAUAGAAACCCUCUUAUCGCAAUGAUUAACUGCUCAAGUAUAAGCUACCGGUAUCUUCAUUGUUUUUCUACAUUCUGUUGAAAUUUCAGUUGGUCAUAAGUUGUAUUCUUGACAGUUUAUAUAAAUAACCAAUGUAUGAUGCAUUUCUCCACUUACAUUCAUGCAAGUAUUUCAAAUAUUUGCAAUACUGCUCUUAAUUAAUUAUAACUAUGAUAAGUCAAAGAUGUGUGUAAACUCCACUUACUGUCACCACCAUAUUUUGUUUUGCAUGCCAAAACAACAUUUCUAGCUAAGUUAAUGACUGUUUUGCUAUGCAUUGUUUUGAGAUUGUUGUGUUGGGUAAAAGUUGGAUAAAAUCAACACAGGAUGUCAGGAGGGACAUGUUGAAUAUCAAUAAAAGAUGCAUUUCCCUUUUCAAAAUUCAAUUUCAGCCAGUCAUUUAAAUUGCUGCAUCACAAAUCUCAAAAAUUAAACAAAAGGCAUGUGUUGGUGCACUCUUGUACACCAGUCAUUGAUGCAUGGAUGAUGCUACUAAGUAGAGAUGUUAAUCAUGCAUUCUCAAUAUGUACUCUGUAUUUUUAAUAUAGCUGUAUUAUUAUGACUGGUUUUAUAAACCUGUAAGUGAUUCGUCUCGUUGUCUUUCAUAAAAAUGGCUUGAUCCAAUCAGUUCAGAUGUUGAUGUGCAGAGCAGUCAGCAACUUAGCUGGCAAUCUUGCUGUCUGGCAAUAUGGUGUUGGAAGUAAAGACCUUUAGAAAUUUGGACACUAGUAUUUUUAGCACUGUAUAGUUAAAUGGACAUUUUUGAGGAGUUUGAGGGUUUAUGUGGAGAUGUGUCUGUCUUUUAGUGCCAUCAGUCAUAUGUUAAGUUUGUUUUUUUACAAGUCAAUUGAUUAAAAUACGUUUUAUCAAUGGAA